AUGCAUUUUGAAUUCUCUAACGUUGCCAUCCUGGUCACUCUAAAAGGCUCUUUAAUGUGCUGGCCCCAUGGCCUGUUAGCAAGAGCGGAAUCCACAGAGCGCGACGUCUAUUCCAACGUCAUAAUUGGGCUGGCUCCCUUGGCUGGGUCCACUCGGAGCACCAGCACCGGCAAUCCCGGAGGACUCCCUGGCCGCGCGCGCGUUUUCAGGGGGCCUGGGUGGAGAUGGGGACCCACUGCAGGCGAGGAUGGGGAGCUGCUCUGCAGAUUUGGCCCGGUCCCUGGAACUUCACAGACAGUGCCGCAGAAGGCAGGGCUCUGUCGUUUGGGCAUGUAUGACCUGGAGCAAAAUGUGCAGAGAGGGUUGAUAAUGAAGUACUUGACUAAUUCAGUGCGGUCCAGCUGGCUGUGCCAGAGGGCCCGGCUGCCGAGGGAGGCCGGGAAACCAAAGAGCUCACUGCUAGCCAUUUUCCCUGGGCACCUGGGAAACCAGCACAAAGGCGUGCACGCAUCAAAAAGCAGAGAGACACUCAAAGGCCAGUGGGUUUGUUUUCUUUCUUUUCCUCUGACAACUUGCGUGGUUGCCAGUGAAUUCUGGCCAGACGGAAAGAGACGGAUUCACACGCACAGAAAUCUAUAUGGUGUACCUGGUGGAGACGGAGGUGUGCUUCCGUCCAACAGCGGGGUGCCUAGAAAACUAAGGUGUCCAGCCGGAAGCCAGCUGCCUUGCAGUGUUCUCAUCCUUUGGUACCUGCUAGUGGCCCACAUGAAGUCCCGCCCCUGUUCCCGGUCUCCUGCCAUAAAUAAUGGAUCUUGCAUGUUCAAAUGUGCUUAAACACUCCGAGGGCCAUCUGCUUACAAAGACAAUAAAUAAAAUACUGGAUGACUGA